CCCGCCUAUUGAUUCUCAGGAAAUCAAGCUGGAUCACGGACAAGUGGUGGUUGGUGCCAUGGUGCCUGGUGUGCAAGGCCAAGUCAGCUUUUGUGAUAUCUUGCUUGGCCCCCCACUGAUGGAGUGUCCCACGGUCGUGAUCGGCAGAGUAGAGUGGGAAUCGAGGUCCUUUGUGAAGUUAACGUUUCGAAACAGAGCGAGGUGAAACACUUUACCGAGGUCUGAUGUGCCCCUUCGAAUCCUAUUGAUGGAGUACCUGAGUCGGUGCCUUAAAUAGCGUAUCGGACAUCAAGUACGCAUUUUGGCAGCCACAAAGCACGAGAACGUUGUAGAGUUCCGGGGAUGGAUGUUGUUGGGUGAUGAAGUUCUGGUUCACGCGGCUGCUGUCUUGACGAGAUGCGAAGGAGGUGAAAUCAUGGCCUUUCUUCGAGAGCACAGAGGUGUGGAUCGGCAAGGCUUGGUUAUCGGAAUCUCUCAAGGUGUGGGGCAUCUUCACUCCAAGGGUGUUGUUCAUGGAAAUCUCAGUCCUAGGAAAAUAUUCGUUGAUUGUACUUAUGACAUUCCUAUCGCAAAGAUUGGUGGCUUUGAGCUCUGCUACUCGCUUAGGGAAAAUCCCGUUUAUUCUGGAGUGGAGUACGGUGUUCUGAGGCUUGUACGAUACGCCCCACCCGAGUUGCUGAUAAGGGCUGGAGUUGAGUGUGAUAUGAGUGGCGAUGUUUGGUCCUUUGCAUGCACAUCGCUAGAAGUGCUUCAGGAGCGACCACCUUACAUAACCGUGCAGAACGACCUCCAAAUCCCUAUCGCAGCCGUGAUGCAUACUUCCCCAUAUGGAUGGGAAGAUCUUGAUGAUUUUCAACGCGUGCUAACGGACUGUCUAGAUUAUGAACCUAGUAGACGACCCACUGUCAGCAGAAUAGCAGAUCGGCUGAGGCUUGUAAUGGCUGGGAAACAUACUCUCCCCAUUCGGUUAAGCAUAGAACAUGAAAUCAUGCAAGAGGACGACCGGAACCUCACUGGAAAAAUCCAAUCCGAAAAACUGCAUACACAUGAAGGGCAUCCUCCGUUUCCCUAUAAGGGAACCCAUAAGGGCAGGCCAGUCUGCAUCCAACAAUCAGAUUACUUCAAUGUCUCAGAUUCGCGUGUGCUCGCUGAAUCCAUACGUGUCUUAAAGAGGCAAAUCCGAGUAUGGCGUCAAUUAAUGCACCCCAACAUAGAGAGGCUCCGUGGAUGGAUGCUAUCUCCGGAAUCUGAAGUAAUCAGUCUGGGCCUAAUUUCCGCUUGGCAUCCUCACCGCGAUGUGAUGGUAUACCUGCGCCAGCACCCAGUUUCCAAUAGACGAAAGAUGGUGUAUGAUAUUGCGCUGGGUCUCUGCUAUCUCCAUUCGAGAGAAAUCGUCCAUGCAAACAUCGAACCCGGAAACGUCGUGAUAGGGGAUGGAGGCAAUGCCUGCUUACGUGGUUUCCAAUUCUCGUAUGAUCGUUUGGAUAAAUUACUUCCUUCCGAUUAUCAUCCCCCCAGUCCCCGUUUUGGAUCCCCAGAAUUGUACAAUGGUCUCACAAAGGUUCCGGAUCGAGGAAACGAUGUCUGGGCUUUUGGUUGUGUCAGUGUACUAAUUCUCAUUGGCGAACCUCCCUACUCCAACCUUACUGACAAUCAGAUCCCUGUCGCUGCCGCCAAUUCCACGCGGCCCUAUGAGUGGGAGGGUCUUGAUGAAUUCGAAAACUCUAUCGCUGGAUGCUUUACAUAUCCUCCAUACAGCCGAAUAAGCAUCAAUAGGGUACGCGAUACUCUUGACAGAAGAAACUAAAGCCGAUGCGUCUGAGAUCUUCACCGGAGGUCGCCAAGAGGGCCGUAUUUACCGCAGCGGAUUCUCCGCCUCAGGGGAGAAGAACGACCCAACCCUAAAGCCUCG